AUGACCAUCAAUCCUGCAGAUCUUCACAGUUCAAUAGUGAUAAUGUAUGCAGGAGAAGAAAUAAACAUUAAUAAUUUACUUCCAGAAGAAUUUCCAACUGCAACAGAAAGAGUCAGGUUGGCACACCUUGAUUCAACUGCAGUAGCAAAAUAUUUUAAUAACUUAAUAGAAAAUAUAAUUAAAUUUAUUCUUGGUUAUAGAAAACCAGAAGGCGGAGUAUUAGAGGAAAUGAUUUUAGACCAUCAACUAUGUGAAGUAAUGAGAAAAAACCCAGAAGCUGCAAAAAUUCAACAAAUAGAAAGAUCUAUAGUAGGUUAUAAUAAUAUUGAUGACAUAGAAAUAUUAGAUAAUCAAAAUAACUUUAACAGCACAUUCACAUUAGACCCGUAUAAAAUUAUGCGUUUAGGAUUAAAUAAUGCAGAAUUUGUUGAUAAAAUUUCGAUUAACCUUAACGAGAACAAAAAAAUAUUGUUUUUUGGUUUGUAUCAUUGUGAACAAAAUUAUCCUGAUAACUCCAACAGACCACCACAACUAUUAGUGUAUUUGGGUGAUGCUGGAGGUACAGGCAAGUCAGAAGUCAUUAAAGCUAUUAAACAGUAUUUUGAACAAAUUGGCAAAGAUUAA